AUGAGCGACGCCUAUCCUGCUGCGCCCCUGCCGUCUGGCGCCGACUCGCCAGCGUCCAAAUCCGCACAGGACGCCGAGGCUGCUGCUGCCGCUGCCAAAAAGGACUUCCAGCGCUCGUUCAAGGCGUGCGAUGGAUGUCGCACCAAGAAGGUCAAGUGCGAGCUCGGCGACCUUGCGGCGCCGUCCGAGCCGCCAUGUGCGCGAUGCAAGCGCGAGAUGCGCCCGUGUGUCUUCACCAUGUCGACGCGCGGCCGCGGUCCCAAGGCUCGCUCUUCGCGCUCCCACGCCUUUGGCGCCCAUCACCUGGCCAAGAACCCGCGCACGUCGUCGGCAAGCAUGAUGGACGACGACGACGAGCACGAAUCGGCAGCCUCCGCGAUCGACGCACUUGCGGGCGCCGCUCUCGCUGCCCUGCCCGCCACGAAUCCGCGCAUCCAUUCGGCCCGUCACGACGUGCCCGUCUCGGCGCUCGAUCCUCUGGACGCGCCAAGCAUCGGCAUGAUCUACGGACUCAACCGCCACGACGAUGCGCGCGUCGGCGCCAAACGCCGCAAGAUGUCCAGCAAUCUCACGCCCGGCGAGGGCGAUGCCGCAACUGCGCCCAGCGGUGACGAUGCCGGCUCGGAUGAGCAGCCCGACCCAUCAAGCCGGCUAGCGAGCCCAACGCCAGCAGGCGGAUCCGACGCAGAGUCGACCGGCCUCAUCUCCAGGCUCGACUCGCUGCAGCAGUACGCCGAAGUGGGUCUGCAACACAGCAAGGACGCGCUCAGGGUGCUCGCUGGUGUGGCCGUCGAUUCGAGGGAAGCCAACGACGAUCCCGACGCACGCAGAGAUGAUAGAGACGGCCAAGUGCAGGCCGAAGCCGUCGACGCUGCUACCGCAGAAGACAGCGCCAACCGGCAAUCGUCCGACCGCCCCGCGUCCUCGCAUAUGGACGGCAACUCGACGCAUCCGCCAUCUGGUCACCGCGCGCAGUUGAGCUCGGCACAAAAGUCGGCCGCAGCUCUCCAGUCUCGCCCGGUGACGCCGCCGCCACUCAAGCAUACGUAUGGAUGGAGCAAGUUCGAGCCGGUGCGGCUCAAACUCAUCAAGCGGAGCGAAGCCAAGUACUUCCUCAACUUUUUCAUCCGCCAGAUGCAUUCGUUUGCUCCGCACUGCGCUCCGCACCUGCUCGACAAGUCGCCCGAAGCGCUGUCAGAGCUUGUCUACCGCGAGCCCAUUCUGCUGGGCGCCAUGCUCUCGGUGGCUUCGCGGUACGAUGUGGCCAACCACAACGCGCACGUCACCGCCGUCGACACGUUCCACCGCAAGAUCUCCAAGUGGACGCAGGAGAAGAUCAGCCGCUCCUUCUUCCUGCCCGCCUCGCACACCAUCGGCACCAUCGAGGCGCUUCUCAUCCUGAGCGAGUGGGCCACGCUCGACCUGCACGACCGACGCACGUCACCCGAAGCCAGCUCCGACUCCGACACGUCCGACAGCGAUGGCGCGAACGAGAGCCAGUCCGACUCGGACGUGGACGGUGCGGCUACGGCGGCUGACGACGCGUCGGCUGCCAGCCCGGCGACGAUCGCGGCGACGGGCGAUGAUCUUCGAUCCGAGCACGAGGGACAGAUCCCCCGGCCCGGUCGACGCAAACGCGCCAAAGCAAGGGGAGCCCACAAGCCGCGGCAGGCCGACAUGCGCGAGUCGGAAAAGUUUGACGAUACCGCGUGGAUGCUCACGGGCACGGCGCUGCGACUGGCCGAGCGCCUGGAUCUGCACAAUGACACGACGUACAGCGGUGUAUCGAGUCGCAACGGCGCCUCGCGCAGGAACGCUGAGCGGCGCAUGCGCGUAUGGAUGUCGAGUGUUCAUGCCGACUGCCACCUGUCGGUGCGACUGGGGCGGAGGAUAUCGAGCCCGGGACUCGCAGCGCCAUUCAUGAAUCUGGUGCGCGACCGCACGCAUCCCUUCCUGCUCAAUGCCGACAUCAGCAACAGCGGCGAGGUGGGCUUCCCGUCUGGCUCGAAUCGCGCGUGGAUCGCGUUCCGGGCGCACGCCGAGCUGCUGCAGAUCGUCUUCCGCACGUGCGAGAAUCUGUAUCGCUCGAAGGCAGUGACGGAGCGGCUGCUGGAGGACGAAGACUUUGUUCCUGCGCUCAAGUCGAUCCGCGACGAUCUGGACAACUGGGCCAACUGGACGCAGCCGCGCAUCGAGCCGACGCGCGACAUGACUUCGCUGCGCAUCCGGGUCGAGUACCACUAUGCGCGGCUGUACGCCAACGGCAUCGCGCUCGACUCGGUCAAGCGCAGCCUGCGCACGCUCGCCAAGCAUCGACAAUAUCGAGCCUCGGAGGCUGCCGAGAUUGGCUCCAAGGGCCGUCUGGGCAAAGCGGGAGCCAGUGCAGCUGCUUCGGCGUCGGCGGCAGCGUCGUACACGGUGAGCUUCUCGACGCAUCCCGCCUAUCCUUUUGUGCGAGAAGCGCUGGCCGCAGCGCAGAGUCUCAUCCGUAUCCUCACGGUGGAGCUCGAGACGAUGAUGUGCGCACCGGCGCGAUGGUUCCUGCUGCUGGUGAUGGCGGCAGUGUUUUGUGUCAAGGCGACGGCGGUUUCGGACGUGAUCCUGCCGCUCAAGCGAUGCGCGCAGUCGCUGCAACAGGUCAUCACGGCGCUCGAGCGCGCUGCACCGGACGGAGUGCAUCUGGCGAACCGCUACUCGAUGUACCUGCGCCAAUUGGCCAAGCAGCUCGUGCUGACGGAUGCCAAGACGCGGUCGCACUCGUCGAGCCAGGCGCGCAACAAGUCGCGCACCAGGAGCACGUCGCAGUACGUUCAGACGGGCAAUGCUGCAAGUCCGGCCUCGGGCAGCGAUGCGACUAUGCAGACGCGUCCAAGUGCAGCGAGCUUGUAUUCCGAUCAUGGCGGCGCUGCAUCUCAGAUGGGCUCGGCUGGGACGCGCGUGCCGGAGCACAGCAUGCGUUCGCAUGGAGUCGGGGCCGAAUCGAGCGCUGCGGUGGCUACUAAUAGCGGAGCCGCAGCGCCGGCUGCUGCUGCGGACGCGUAUCCAUUUGCGCGCCCGUCGGGGGCCCAGCACGCUCAAGCGCAGGCGAGCCACACUGGUUCGUGGGGCAGUACGGCCGAGACUGGAUGGGGUGUUGCGCUGCAACCGUCUACCCAGGCGACGACGGGGGGAAGUGGAUCGGGCUGGUGGAGCACGGCCGACAUUCUGGCGGGCGAGGUGGAUCCGCAGCUGUUCCUCAAGUGGCUCGACGACCAGACGUCGACGCUGGCGCCGCCCACGUCGCACUACCCGCUGUCGUCAUGGGCGAGUGAGGGCGAGCAGAACCAGACGCAGCCAUCGCCGUCGGGGGCGCAUGGCGCCCAGCGCGGAUAUGCGGGCUCGAUCAGCGGAGCGUCGGCAGUGGACGCGGCUGCACGCACCAUGAACCCGUCGCCCUCGUCGGUGGCAAGUCCGGCAGGCAUGCCGAUGGGAUCUUCGCACGCCGCCGGUGCAGGCCUGAUGGCACGACCCAUGGGAGUCAUGCGAGCGCCCACCAGCCCUGCCAAGGGCGACACCGAGGAUCUCUUGACGAAAAUGUGGCUCGACGACGCACUGACGGACUUGGCGGCAGCGGGGCUCGACAUGCCCUUCCUGUAG